AUGUCAAGCGGAGAAGCUUCGUCUUCUGGAUUGAGUUUGGAAGGGCUCGACGAUGUUGAAGAAUUUCCCUGGGUGAAUGACGGAGAAGGGUCGUCGAUGUCGUGGGAACGAUUUAGUGAUGUUUAUGAUCUCAUGCAGAUGGGGAACAAAGCUUUCCGAGCGAAUCGAUUCGAUGAGGCAAUCAACUGCUACUCGAGGGCUCAUAAUAUUAAACGAGGCGAUCCUAUCAUUCUCAGCAAUCGAUGUGCUACUUAUCUCAGGAGUAGUCAGUUUCUGAAACAGAGACCUCCAUCAGCUUCUGAAUAUAGACCAUUGAGUGGCCUUGAUCCAACAAUACAUGCUGGACUUGCUUUAAAGGAUGCUGAGAAGGUCAUGAGCAUUCGAAUUAAUUCAAUAACUUCCUACAUUUUGAAGGCUCAUGCUCUCAUCUUGCAAUUCUCUGCAAAAUUUGGGGAGAAGAACAACCAGUACAAUUGGGAGGAUAACCCAUCGGAGGCCACAGCUGUGACACUGAACCACAUAAUACAGAGGAAUUUUCCAGAGGAAUAUGCUGAAAGGAAGUUGGAGCAUGAUAGUUCAACAAACGUUGUUAAUGAUUUUAUGCCUCUUUUUGUCAUGGAUGUUGUCCUACCAUGCCAGAAAUUUCAACUCAACAUAUUUGAACCUCGGUAUAGACUAAUGGUCAGGAGAAUAAUGGAAGGAAAUCGUCGAAUGGGAAUGGUUAUCAAUGAUUCAACAACAGAUUCUGUAGCUGAUUAUGCUUGUGAAGUGGAGAUAACUGAUUGUGAACCACUUCCAGAUGGGCGUUUCUAUCUACAGGUAAAAUGGCACUUUGUUUUUUUUUGCUUGUGUAAAUACAUUUGCCCUUACUUUCCUUGAAUCAUGCCCAUGCCUUAAAUUCUUAUAAAAUGCUCAUAUGUCUUUGCUGAUGUCCAGAUCAUUGAACACUUCAACUUUUUUCUUUGGAGACUAAUGGGGAGUUCAUAUCUGAUUUGUUAAUCUUUAUAAUAUGAAAAGUUCCCUAAUUUUUGUGAAACACGAGGUUGGAACAUUCCUGGUAUGGUAGUUUUUGUUGGAGCUGGUGUUUCUGGCAAGGACCUCUUUGAUGGUUUCUACAAUUUUUUUCUGGUGGACUUUUUUGCUUGAGGUUGCAUUGCACUUGUGACUGACAUGUGAAUCUUUCUCCUUUUUGGUUUUUCAUCACCUAUACCAAUGGAAAGUAGUGACUUUCUACUUGGAUCUUUAUAACACCCGAGACCUUCAUUUUGCGAAACAUUAGCUAAGAAAGUUGUUUGUAAUGAAUAGCUCUAUGUCUGAACGUGGUUAUAUAUAUUAUUUUACAAGGCAAGAACUUUUUUGGUACCUGCUCAGCCAUUUCUUAUGUGACUCAAAGGUUCUGUCUGAUCCUUGGGAAACUUCUUGUGGGGAGUAGUUUGGGAGAACUUAUAAUAGGGGUGUUAUCAUCUAGGGUGAUUGCUACUUUUAUUUAUUUCAAACCCUAUGAAUCUGCAUAGCCUAAGGAUACUAUUACUUUCUUGAUUGCAUAUCCUAUAAUUCUUUAUUGUGAAUGCCAGAAGCAUCUUUCCUCAUAUCGGGUGGCUACAUCAGAACUUUCAAGAGUGUCGUUAUUCAUUGAAUGAUCAUGAAAGUUAACUUUCCCUGGUCUCAAAGACUCUUGUGAAGCCACUGAUUACAACAAGCCAUGACUUCAUGGAACACUGCAAUUCUCUUUUAUAGUUUUCUAUAUUUUGAAUUGGACUAGCUACCAAUUUCAUCAUGCAUGUAUUUUCAUGACAUUGGUAUAAACGGUUUUUUUAUUAGUAAUACAAAAUCAUUAUGAUAGGCUAAUGCAUUGAGGUGGUAUGUUUGUACAAGAGCACAUGGUAAAAUGCUUUGAAGAAAAACUUUCCUCAUACGGUAUACCUGUUGUGAAGAUUUCAUUUCUUGUAGAGUCUUCUUGUCAUAUGUUACACUUUUUCUGUUUUGGCCAAGUAAAUACAAGUUUUUGCAGGUUGAAAGUCGCCGGAGAUGUCGCAUCCUUCGAAAUUAUGUUCAAGAUGG